UGCACAGGAGACAUUCACGACACAAGCGCACGGAACAACAACAAAAAAAAGGAGACAUUCUCUCUGUGUAAGCUCGUCUUGGAUGGCCAGCAUCUCUCCAGUCUUUGGCCGAGUAGGUCCUCCACCGUCACUACCUCCUUCUACAGUUUUCUUCUUGUUGUGAACUGGUUGAAUUCAAGUGCUUUCCAAGUUUUAUUAUUGCUUUUUCAUUUGAAGGAAUUCGAUCUUCUUUGCAUAUCGUUUUAGUGGUUUUGUCUUAAACCUGAUGCCCGCAAUCUACAAGCGAGCCCAUUGUGAUUGAUUAUCGAUUUCACUAUACGAAAGUGCGCUUCUGGACAGACCGCUAGCGUCGCUGCUGCGUUCUUUCCGUGCGAUUUACAGUGUCGAUUUUUCUAGUGAAUUUUUCUUUGUAUUAAUUGGCUCGUUCACUGGUCACUGCAGUUCAACUCACUCCAACAGGAUUAUUUCUACACCAUACGAAAAUUAGUUUUUAGUAAACGACUAACAAAGGAUUGUGAAUCAAAAUCCCAUUGAUUUUGUUUUGUCUUUAAAUAUUUCUCGUAAUCGAAAGAUUAGGCAUCGCCCGAUGAUGAGCUCCGUAAAUAAUCAAAUAAAAGCCGAACUAAACGAAAAUCUUCAAGAUGAAAACAAACGAUUUUAGGAAAAGAAAAAGGGGAAAUGGAGGUUGUUGUUAGCUAGAUAGUGAUCGGGUUAAUAACGAAGUCGGCACCGAGCCGACGCUCUCCCUAUUCCUGUAUAGAUGCGUGACUGGUGUAGUCAGGGCCAACGGUUGAUAGUGCGAGUUCAGUGGGUAAGCAAUUACGCAAAAGGGAGGAGGUUGGCAUUCGCGUCUAGUGUGUAGCAUUAAAACCCUAGCCGCAAAACUUUGUUAACCUCAAAAAGGAAGGGAGGAAAAAAGGGAGUCAUUAUCUCUCUAUGUCUUGCUCUUUCUGCUCGCAUUCGGUCUUCAGCUAAUAAUGGAAUUGACCGCUAGCUGCGCAGCAGCAAUGCAGUUGCAGUUGGCUCUAUUAGUGUUUGGCUAUUCGCUACCAUCGCCGUGAACGAAAGUGAAGUGUAUAGCCUAAGCUAAACAACUAAGAAGAUUAUACAGGUUCUUUUUCCAUCCGUACCUUAACCCCUCCCUCCCCCGCCCCUCGGAGAAAAAAUUCCGCUACUCCGGAUAUACAAAAUAUCUUAAGCUCAAAAAGUCAGCGACGGGAGUAGAUGGAAAUGUGUCAAUCAGCCAUUGCCGUGUUGUGCUGGCUGGUGACGUUGAUAAUGGCGACGGCAUUAGCCAUCGGCGAUUGGCCAGCCAAUCACGAAGGAGGCAAGACUCAAGUGUCCAGCUCGCGAGUGGUCAACACCCGCAAAGGAUCGCUCCGUGGACUCUACCAGGCCUUUGAGGACAAGACCAUACCGGCCGUCGAGCUCUUUCUGGGUGUGCCGUACGCGUCGCCGCCAGUUGGAACGCUCCGUUUCAUGCCGCCAGUGACGGUGUCGCCGUGGCGAGGAAUCCGACAGGCCGACCGCUACGGUCCCGUCUGUCCGCAACGAUUUCCGGAUAUCACCAACGAAACGGAAGCUCUCAAACGGAUGCCACGCGGCCGGCUGGAAACCCUCAAGAAGCUGGCCCCGUUGUUGACCAAUCAGAGUGAGGAUUGCCUCUACCUCAACAUCUUCACGCCCUAUUCAAAUGCAUUUGCAGCCAGUCCAACAGCACUGAAGCCGCGCUAUCCCGUCAUUGUUUUCAUUCAUGGAGAGUCUUACAGCUGGGGAUCCGGCAAUCCGUACGACGGCAGCGUUUUGGCCGCCGUUGGCAAAGUCGUCGUCGUGACGCUCAACUAUCGUCUCGGAGUCCUGGGGUUCCUGAACCCUCACAGUGAUCCGUACUCACGAUCCAUAUCCAACCAUGGGCUAAUGGAUCAAAUAGCUGCGCUUCAUUGGCUCCAAGAAAAUGUGCAGGAAUUCGGCGGUGAUCCGAAAAGCGUGACGCUGAUGGGCCAUGGAACAGGAGCCGCGUGUGCCACGUUCUUGAUGACCUCGCCAGCUGUGCUAGACGGUCUGUUUCAACGAGCCAUUCUGUUGAGUGGCACGGCCCUUAGUCCGUGGGCGUUAGUCCAAGAGCCAAACAAGUACGCGCUGGAACUCAUUCGUCAGAUGAACUGUUCUCUGCCACCAGGCGAAGGACCGACGGCGCAAUUGAAGUGUCUGCGAGAGAAAACGGUGCCAGCGCUAAUGAGCGCCGGUAGUCGAGUGGAGACGCCCGAAUUCCUGCAUUCCUUUGGACCGAGCAUUGACGGCGUCGUCAUUGAAGACGAAUACGAAGCCAACAAGAAGAAGCUCACGCACCGUCUCAGUCGCUACGAUCUUCUCUUCGGAGUGACGCAAGCCGAGUCGUACUUUACCCUCAGCUCCGACGAUAAUCAAUAUGGCAUGGAAGCGGACAGACGUAAUCGACUGCUCCGCACCUUCGUCCGCAACACUUACCAAUUUCAUCUGCAAGAGAUUUUAGCCACAAUAAUUAACGAGUACACCGACUGGGAGAAGGCCGUUCUCCAUCCCGUCAACAUCCGCGACGAGACGCUCGAAGCCCUUGGCGACGCUCAGUACGUCGCUCCUUUGGUUAAAACGGCCGACCUGCAUUCGUCACAGACACGAUCGUCCUAUUUCUACGUUUUCGAGUACCAAACGAAAGCCAGCGAAUUCCCACAGAGGCCAGGCUGCGUUCACGGAGAGGAACUGGCCUACAUCUUCGGAGCACCGCUGGUUUCAUCGCUGAGCCACUUUGGACGCAACUACACCAAAGCCGAAGCUGCUCUCUCGGAAGUCGUCAUCGCCUACUGGUCAAACUUCGCUCGCAGCGGGAAUCCGAAUGAAGGCGCCGGAAGCAUCGCAUCCGGCAGUAUAGCAGCUGAGGCCGGCAAGCAAGACAAGUCUCGAUCUCGGGUGGAGUGGCCACCUUACGACCAAACCCAUCGCAGAUAUCUAUCUCUCGGUUUAAAGCCGAAGGCCAAGAGCCAUUACCGAUCGCACAAGCUGGCCAUGUGGACAAACUUAAUUCCGGACCUGCAUAGACCGAGCGGUGAAGAUGUGGCCCGCGUUCACCACUUGCUCGACGACUACAACGAUCCUUACUCAUACGAUGGAAAAGUCCGGGUAGUGCCCGCUACACUGGCACCGACGCCCACCAGCACGACGUCACCUUCUCCCAUAACAUCAGCCGUCAAUUCCAGCCUACUCAUGGUGGAUUCAUCAAGAAAGGCAGACAGUGGGGGUGCCAAAUACGGCGAACCGGAAGCGUCCAGCAAACUGACCAACGGUUCACGCAUUUUGAGUGGCACGGGCGGGAAUGCCGUCAGAGCGAAUGAAGGUAGCAAUACCGAACAGUACGGAGCUUAUUCAACAGCAUUAAGCGUUACAAUCGCAAUUGGUUGCUCGCUCCUCAUUCUUAACGUCCUGAUUUUUGCCGGCGUCUAUUACCAACGCGACAAGCAGCGCAUGGAAUUAAAGCGGCGCCUAGAGAAUGGCAUGAUACUCUCAACCAGCGUCAGUGGUGAAGUGGAAAAUCACGCAUCCACCAUGGUGUCUUCAACCAGGUUAUGUAGCAAACCUGAUUUGGCGAACGGGGUUGCGUUGAACAAAGCAGAUUCAUCAAGUGGAUCGAGUAGAAACACAGCGACAGCUGUAGUUAUCAACCCUUCGUCGUCUGUCAUGUCCCUCAGUUCACCAUUCAACUCAUCCAUCACUCAGUUACCGCCUCCGGAGUUCGCUGAUUUUCCAUCCGAAGAUCAGUGUCCUGCCGCAAUGGGAACAACGACGACGGGCUGUCCUAGCGGUAGCAACAGUAACGGGCGGGCCUCCAUGAUUUCCAAUUCAACGGUUUCGUUUCGGCCGGUAGGCACGGACGCAUCGUCAUCAACCAGCACGCUUCCGAGGAUGUCAACAACUGGUUUCUGCAAUAACGAGUACCCAUUGCCGUCUGUGACGUCAUUGCAACAGUCACAGCAGCAACAACAGCAGCAGCGUUCCAUGUCUCUGAGAAAACAAUCCAAUAAACGAAUAGCCAAUCCAGUAGGUAAUAGUGCCAUUGACGAACUCCGCGUCUAGUCACGCGUGAGCUAAUGGCCUCUCGUGCAGGGCGGGGGGACAGCUUCUCAUGCGCGCUCCAUAUGUACCGGGCAUCGAAUUCAAUGCGAAAGAUGCAACUGCGUCAAGUCGAUCGAUACAAGGCGACAGCCGAUGCAGCUGCAUCGCAAUUCUUGUUGUAAUUGAGAAGAAAUGACGAUUGACAUCGCCUCGAAUUCGGUGAAAAAAAGGAUUUCCGCCAUAACAACUUCACAGUUUCCUACUCCAUUUGAUCACGUCAAUUAAUAUACGAUCUUUUCCCUGCCAAGAUCAGACGAAUCCGAUUUUUUUUUUAUCUUCCUGGUCUUCAGUGCCGAGGUUCUCUCCUUCUCUACCCUGUAACAAACCGUCAAUGUAUACAGCAGUAAGCGUAUGUCGGCUAUAUUUAUAUCUGUAUAUGUAAAUUAUAUGUACUGUAUGCUCCAUCCGUGUUUGAAAAAAAAGUCCCUCUGCCAUUGUGAUAUGGUCUCCCUUGUCUGUUGAUGGAAAUAUGAGGGAGAUCGGAGCGUUUCCUCUGUUUCCUAUAGGUCCUUAUUUGUCAUUUUCAUUUUCAUUUUUCUUUCCCUUUUCCAGGUCUCCAUCUCUUCCUUCUUACGUAUAUGUACGUAUGUAUCCAUCGCGUUCUUUGUUUCUAUUCUUUUUUUAAAUGGACGUGAGCAGAGCUCGAUCGAUUUUCAGACACAAGAAAAUUGGGCCAAACGUUUACAUCUUGCGUAGGAUGUGGUGGCACGGAUAUGUAUACACGUCAGGUAUAGUACAAACCUAGACGCGAGAAGACGAGAAGAUUAAAACAGAGACGAUCACGGACAAGGAAAUACACUGCUAUUUUACACACA